AGGGAGCGUCAGUGUGUGAGCGCUCACACAGCCAUGCGUCCACACACACAGAGCGAGGCGAGUUCAGACAAGUGAGUGCAGCAUGGAGAGGACAGACGUGAACGUGAGUGUGAACAUCACCGAGGGACUCGGAGAGCUUCUCUCCACUCUCACCUCACAGCUCAUCACCUCGCUGCUGCUUGGAGCGCUCAUUCUCUUUGCCAUUUUGGGAAACACAUGUGUCAUCACUGCCAUUGCUUUGGAACGAUCUCUCCAGAAUGUGGCUAAUUACUUAAUUGGCUCGUUAGCGGUCACGGACCUCAUGGUGUCAGUUCUGGUUCUGCCCAUGGCUGCUCUCUAUCAGGUCCUGGACAAGUGGACUUUGGGUCAGGAGAUCUGUGAUCUGUUCAUUGCUCUGGAUGUUUUGUGCUGCACAUCUUCCAUCCUUCACCUGUGCGCCAUUGCGCUGGAUCGCUAUUGGACCAUCACCGACCCGAUCGACUAUGUGAACAAACGGACCCCAAAACGUGCCGCUGUGUUAAUCAGCCUCACAUGGAUUGUCGGAUUCUCCAUCUCCAUCCCACCGAUGUUGGGAUGGAGGAAACCAGAAGACCGCUCUGACCCCAAUGCAUGCUCCAUCAGCCAAGAUCCAGCAUACACCGUGUACUCCACGUUCGGUGCUUUCUACCUUCCGCUUGUCAUCAUGCUCGUGCUUUAUGGACGCAUUUUCAGAGCUGCCAGAUUUCGCAUCCGGAAAAACGUUGGGAAGCGUCGGAGAGUGUCGGCAAGGAUCCCGGACCAUGAUGAAAUCACAGUAAGCUUCAGUGCCAACGGAGCCACAAAACCCAAGACAGAGUUCAUGGAACUGAGAGCAGAAAACUGUAAACGGCACAUCCUGCCGCUCUCUAACACUUCACUGUUCGAGCAAAAGAACGAGAAGAGCGUGGAAACGAAAAGAAAAGCGGCGCUGGCACGGGAACGGAGGGCGGUGAAGACGCUCGGCAUCAUCAUGGGUACGUUCAUCCUGUGCUGGCUGCCGUUCUUCACCGUGGCGCUCGUGCUGCCGUUCUGUAAGACGCGAUGCUCGAUGCCCGACUGGCUCGGAGACGUCAUCAACUGGCUCGGCUACUCCAACUCUCUCCUGAACCCCGUCAUCUACGCCUACUUCAAUAAAGACUUCCAGAACGCAUUCAAGAAAAUUGUAAAAUGCAAAUGUCUCAGGCUGUGAGGCUCGAACGCUCGUCUUAUUUUCUGCCAUUUUGAAUUGUUGAAAGGGAUUGUGGGUAAGCAGAUUUUCAUUACGCAAGGUUCAGGUGCAAAAAUCCCCAGUGGUAAAUUACUGCCUAUAUGUAAAUAUGUGAGUGUGUGUGUAUGAGUGUGUUUAUAACUGAACCUAAAUAAACACUGUAGGUGAUGACUUGUUCAUUUCUUUUCAGUUAGACAAAUAUAAAUAUAAUUAUAAACUCUUGUAGCCUUGGACACCUACAGCAUUGUAUAACUUUAUUUUUAUCUCUAUACACACUGCACUUGGGUAAAAGAUGAUAUGUGCAUUUACAAAUAUGUUUAAAGAAUUUAUAAUAUGCAUAAAUAUCAUGAUAUUCUUCUCCUCUUAUUACCUUGCUGCCUUGUUAAAAUGUAUUUACAAAAAAGUUGAUAUAUAUUACAGGAGAAACAAAAUCCUGCACCAAACUGUGAAUCGAAUAUCAAUUUACAUUAAACAUUUAAUAUCAAACCCUAAACAAUGCCACAACAGUGGUACAGAUUAGUCUCUGUGGUAUAUUCUUUUCAGAAUAAUACGAAUAAUGAAGGAUUUGAAACAUUUAGCAAUUUUGUCUAACACAGGUCAGAAGCCAUUUUGAAUUCAUAUCAAAUUAUAACGGUCACAUGACUUGAUGUCUUAAAGUCGAACUGAGGACAAUGUGAUCAAAGUUUUUGUCUGGUAACGAGUCACAAAACAUUCUGACAUCAUCACAUCAUUAAAUUGUUAGUAUUUUUAAAAUUUUAUUUGUUCUGAACUAGAAUGAACUUUAUUAUAAACAUUAUAUGUCACACUCACUGUUCGAUAGCGGUGUCCAGGGACGUAAUGAAACUCUGUAG